ACAAACUCACGUAAAACAUUAAAAACUUCAGACUAUGCGCGGUGUUCGGCGGCGUGUACUGCCUGAACAGACCGAUCGACAAGGUCGGCACGAAGACCGUCGACGAGGGCAAGACCGUGGUCACCAUCGAGAGCAAGGCGAAGACGCUGAACUGCGACCACCUCGUCAUCGGCAUCAACGAGUGCCCCAAGGAGCUGAUCUCACCAGAGCCCGCGGAGAGCUGCGAUAUAUCCAAAGCCGUGUUUAUAACGAACGGUUCGAUCAUGGCGAGCGAGAAGGAGCCGCUGUCGCUGCUCCGGUUCCCGCCGCUGGCUGAUGAUGAUAAGGCGGUUACUGUGCUCGAGGUCGGACCGGCCACCGGCUCCUGCCCCAAGGGACUAUUCGUGGUGUACUUCAUCGCUAGCAAAUCUAAGGACGCCGAGACCGACCUGAAGCCGUAUGCAGAGAGGAUCUUUGACAUGUCCGGUGGCGACGCUGAAUCCGACAAGCCCAAGUGCCUGUGGUCGCUGUUCUACAACGUGAAGGACACGAAACGCGCCCGUGUCGAGCGUGGUGGAGGGCGUGCACGUCUGCUCCGGACCCGACGCAGGACUCGACUUCGACCGCGCCGUCGAGCAGGUACAGUCUUAUAAACUUGUUUUAGCGUUAAAAGGUGGUUAAGAAUUGCUUAAACAGUUGUCAAAAACACCACCCGUUCCUAGUUUGAACCUACUUAAGAGGCAAGAUGGCGGAGUUUUUAUUACAGCUGAUCGAGUCAAUGUGUGUUUUGAGGUUAUAUGGAAUAUAUUGUAAAGGUGGGGUCUGUGAUUUUUAUCAAAAAUUGAUUUCGAUAAUUAAGUAUAAUUUGCUCCGAUAUAAAGAUCGUUAUGUGCUGCUUGGUAAUUUAUUUAUCAUUUUUGUUGUUGUAGUCCAAGUUUUUGAGUAAGAAGAAGUUAAACAUUGUUAACUCUGUCUCUCG